AUGUCGGAAGGUCGCCUGAAAGCAGACAGAGAUUUUACCAAGGAGGUCGACAAGGCCAUCCCCGAAGCUCAAGAUCUGGCAAAGAGCAAUGUCCAAGGCUCCAUCGAGAAGCUCCUCGCCCUUGAGAAGCAGACUAGACAAGCCUCCGACCUCCCUUCCACAUCCAGACUCGUUGUCGCCAUCGUCACGAUAUGCAAAGAGGCCAAGGACUGGCCGCUACUGAACGAACAAAUCCAACUUCUGUCCAAAAAGCAUGGUCAACUCAAGCAGGCCAUCACCAAGAUGGUCCAGGUGUCGAUGGAAUUCAUCGACGAUACACCCAACAUCGACACCAAGCUGUCUUUGAUCGAGACACUCCGCACAGUCACCGAGGGCAAGAUCUUUGUCGAAGUCGAGAGAGCCAGAGUCACACGCAUCCUGUCAAACAUCAAGAAGAGCCAAGGAGACAUCAACGCCGCCACCGACAUUCUUUGCGAGCUGCAGGUCGAGACCUUCGGUUCCAUGACACGCCGCGAAAAGACCGAGUUCAUUCUGGAGCAAGUUGCUCUCUGCAUUGCAAAGGGCGAUUGGACACAAGCCAGCAUCCUGAGCCGCAAGAUCAGCACCCGUUACUUUUCCCGCAAGCCAAAGAAGUCGGCCGAGCAGUUGGAGAAGGAGCGCAAGGAGCGUGAAGAGGAAGAGAAGAAACGUGGUCCCGACGAUGCCCCUGUUGAGCCCGAAGACGAUGUCACAGAUCUGAAGCUGCGUUACUACGAGCAGCAAAUCACCCUGGCCAAGCACGAUGACAAGUAUCUCGAUGCCUGCAAGCACUACCGUCAAGUCCUCGACACUGAAGCCGUCGAGAACAACCCUGAGCAACUACGAGCUGCUCUGCAACGCGUCCUCUACUUCAUCAUCCUCGCCCCUCACGACAACGAACAAUCAGAUCUUCUUCACAGAAUCCACCGCGAUACCCGCAACUCACAAAUCCCGCACGAUGCCGCCCUCCUCAACCUCUUCACCAUUCCUGAACUUAUGCGCUGGCCCGCUGUUGCCGAAAACUACGGCCCGCACCUCUGCCAGACCGAUAUCUUCGACGCUACCGAGAACAAGGACGACCCCAAGGCUCACAAGCGCUGGCAAGACCUGCGCAAGCGUGUCAUUGAGCACAAUGUCCGAGUCAUUGCCAAGUACUACACCAGAGUCCACUUCAAGCGCUUGACAGAACUGCUCGACCUUAGUGAGGAAGAGACGGAGAAGUACAUUAGCGAUCUUGUUGUCAGCAAGACCAUCUACGCCAAGAUUGACCGCCCUGCCAGACUGGUCAGUUUUGAGAAGAGACGUGACGCCGACGAGGUGCUCAACGAGUGGUCAGGCAACAUGAAGAGCUUGCUCGGCCAUCUUGAGAGAAUCGACCAUCUCAUUACCAAGGAGGAGAUGAUGGCUAGAAUCCAGCCUACCAACAAGGGCGAGAAAGCAUCGAACAAGGCUCGGUGA